AUGAUCUUCUCAAGAUCAGCUCGAGUGGCAGCGGCCACUGCUGCUCUACUCACAAGCUCAGUGACUGCGCAAACGUGGUCAUCAUGCAAUCCUCUCUACACAACUGGCUGCCCGGCCGACACUGCACUAGGAAUGGCAAUUGACGUCGAUUUCACCCAAGGAGAAGUCAAUUCGUUUACCGCGAGUGGAGGAACUCCAGAGUACGGUGCAGACGGAGUCACGUUCACGGUUGCCAAGUCCGGCGAUGCUCCACAGCUCACGAGUGUCUUCUACAUCAUGUUCGGCCGCGUCGAGAUCACCAUGAAGUGCGCGCCAGGAGCAGGUAUUGUGAGCUCUUUCGUCCUUCAGUCCGAUGACCUGGACGAAAUCGAUAUGGAGUGGCUGGGCGCCGAUGACGCCACGGUGCAGACGAACUACUUUGGAAAGGGGCAGACAGGAGCAUUCGACCGCGGACAAUUCAACCCUGCUGCGAACAACCAGGCCGACUAUAUCACCUACGCUGUCGAUUGGACUUCGGAUCGCCUGGUAUGGUAUGUGGGCGACACAGCUGUGCGGACUCUGACAUUUGACGAUGCGAAUGGCCAGUACCCUCAAACACCAAUGCAGGUCAAGUUUGGAGCCUGGUCCGGUGGUGACUCGGCAAACGCUGCGGGAACCAUCAGCUGGGCUCGCGGCCCUACGGAUUACUCGCAAGGACCGUUCACCAUGGCCGUCAAGUCGGUCAAAGUCACUGACUACUCCACCGGCAAGGAGUACCAGUAUGGUGACACAUCAGGAUCAUGGACAUCCAUCGUUGCAGUUGACGGAGAAGUCAAUGCCAAUGUUGACGCGGCACCCACUGUGUCCGCCGUUUCCGGCGCGGCCACCUCCCUCUCGCCCUCCAUCCCAGCUGGCGGAAUCGGUCAAGGAAGCAGCACGGCUACGGCGGUUGCGUCUUCCAACCCCAUCCCGAGCGGCUGGCGCAUGACUUCCGAGGGCAAAAUCGUGCCGGCCAGCUCAACAGUGGUUAAACCUCCCCACCCCCUCCUCGUCGCCGGCCCCCUUGCCUUCAUCCUCCUCGGCGCUUCCCUCGGCCGCUGGAGGUGA